AUGUUCGUCCUUCCCCCACCUCCGCCUCGCUAUACCGUCCCCGUCGCCUAUGCGGCCGGGGCGUCGAAUGGCAUGGCGGUGCCAGUUGUAGAGACCAACAAUAUCAUCAGCCAUCCUGAGGGUGGCUGUUCCUUACAAGCCGGAGAAGGCACUUACCUCCUCCGAGAUGACCUACAUUUAGCCACCCCUCCUCCACAUCCCUCCGAAGCCCCCGUCAUGAAUCCCAAUCCACUUGCGACCGUUCCGGCGCCUCCGACAUCAGGUGUCAAGCUCUCGCUGGUUAGCAUCGGUAGCCGGCUCAAGACCCCCACACCCUCCGUGGAUGGCACAGGCGCAGCAUCUUUAUUUGGAGAUGGCAAUCCAGCUCUAGCAGCACCACCUGUGAAGGAAGGAUUGAAGAGGAGGAAACCAAAGAACAAUAUCAUAAAGAGCAGCUCCUCAUUCGUCUCGCGGGUCAUUACGCAUGAGACGGCAACCAAGCGAUUGAACGAUCGGAAUCCGGAUGGUCUUUUUGCCUUUGCAAACAUCAAUCGUGCCUUCCAGUGGCUGGACCUCAGUGCUAAGCAGAAGGAAGAGCCCGUCACCAAGAUACUGUUCACCAAAGCGCACAUGAUAAGCCAUGAUAUUAAUGAGCUAACCAAGAGCACAUCACACAUAGAUGUUGUCAUGGGUUCCUCGGCUGGAGACAUUAUAUGGUAUGAGCCGAUGUCUCAGAAGUACGCACGUAUCAACAAGAACGGAGUCGUCAACAAUUCUCCUGUGACGCAUAUCAAAUGGAUUCCUGGUUCAGAGAAUUUGUUCAUGGCUGCUCAUGCGAACGGACAGCUGGUGGUAUACGACAAGGAGAAAGAAGACGCUCUUUUCACACCAGAACUGGGCAGUCCGUCGGCUGAAACGAUGAAGUCGUCGUCGGGGCGGCAACCACUGCAAAUCCUGAAAUCGGUCAACUCGAGAAAUCAGAAGACUAAUCCGGUUGCGCUGUGGAAACUCGCCAACCAGAAAAUCACGCAAUUCGCCUUCUCCCCGGAUCGCAGACACUUGGCUGUUGUCCUAGAGGAUGGAUCGUUACGAGUUAUGGAUUAUUUGAAGGAAGAGGUUCUGGAUAUUUUCCGCAGUUACUACGGAGGGUUAAUAUGCGUCUGCUGGUCGCCGGACGGGAAAUAUAUAGUAACCGGAGGCCAAGACGAUCUUGUAACGAUCUGGUCGUUACCAGAGCGCAAGAUUGUCGCACGUUGCCAGGGCCACAACUCAUGGGUCUCUGCGGUAGCUUUUGACCCAUGGCGCUGCGACGACCGUACUUACAGGUUUGGUAGCGUUGGUGACGAUUGUCGGUUGCUGCUAUGGGAUUUCAGCGUGGGCAUGCUGCACAGACCGAGAGUACAUCAAGCCAACGCCCGCCAGCGCACCAGCAUGAUCGUCUCGAACACGCAACACCUCAACCGUCACCGAGCCGAUAGCGGAGGAAACAGGACGCGAUCCGAUUCUCAGGAGACUGCAGAUACCUAUAAUAGUUAUGAUCCGACCGUUCGUCAUCCGGUGGAACCCAGAGCACGAACCGCCCUCUUACCACCGAUCAUGUCCAAAAUCGUUGGUGAAGACCCUAUCUGCUGGCUAGGCUUCCAAGAAGACUCCAUCAUGACAUCUUCACUCGAAGGCCACAUUCGCACCUGGGAUCGUCCCCGAGAAGGCAUCAACGACAACUACAGUUAUUCGCCUGCGAUCAGUGCCAGCGCCACCGGGUCUGGUCGUGCUGAUUCGAUGAUGGGAUCACUGUGA